AUGAAUUUACCAGGUGAACUGGGAGGCUAUGAUCUAAGCCUGCUGGACUUUUCCUGGUCUUUCCCUUGGGAUGUGCCCACCCCUCGCCCCCAUGACGGCAUCAUAAACUGGCCUACCGGGGGUCAUCUUCUCCAGGCUAAACCUGGUGAAGUCUCAACAUCCUUAGAUGGACCGGCGGAAAAGAUCACAGGGCGUAGGCGAGGAAAGUCUGUCCUAAGAACUGAUGGCACCCUCAAUCCCUAUGCCAAUUGCCCCUUUGAGUAUCGAUUUAAACGAGGCCCGACAGUCAAUGCUCAUCGAAUCUACACAUUUCUCCACGACCAAGAGAGCUGGGAACAAGUCAAAUCUGCCGUUGUGGGUUUGAGAACAAAUCAGCCAAUACCUCAGAUUGUCGCAUCAUUGAGAGACACUAUUGUUGCUCGAGUCCACGGGAUGCUUUACAAAUUACUUGAUCGCAGUGGCUUCUUGCAUCGCUUCCCUCCUUUGGACACAAUUGAAUAUUGUUAUCACGCCUAUCAGCAAACCUUCUCGAAAUUGUAUCCAAUUGUUCACCCAACCAGUUUCCUUAAAUCCUCCGGCAAUACUCAAGAUCCCGAUAGCGAUAUUGGGCUUUUCCUCGCCACCACCAUGGCGCUUGGCUGUCUUGUCAUUCCAGUGGAAAAGGCGCGUGCAUUUUCCGUUGAGCUAGUAUACCUAAUUCGCUUCACCAUCACUGACAACGCCUUUCAAGACGAGAUUUGCCUCAUCGACAAGUGGGUAUUGAGUGCAUGGAUCAUGACGCUCGCGUUUAGUGCUUGGUCAGGCAGUAAAAGACAUAUGGAAAUAGCGGAAGCCUUCAAAGGUAUUCCCAGCACUGUAUGCCGCAAAGCCCCCGGAAUGGCAGAACUCCCUUUGCUGAUUCAUGAGCCCAGUAUUUCCUUCGCCGCGGAUACUACAAAGCCCGGCCUAAUUCCAAUCCUGGAAGCCAAUCUGAAGCUAGCGACUCCUGGUCGAAGUGGAUCAACAAAGAACGAGAGCUUAGGCUUUGUCAGGUUGCAAUGCCCGAUGCCAGUGUCAGAUGAGCUUUUCCUUUUGGAUAAUGAAGAUCAGUGGCGAGAGAUGCUUGCUGAUUGGACUGGAGAUACAAACUCAUCCACUAAGAUCCAUCCCCCGUCUCUUGCAUCAAUUUAUCGCAUGUUCUUGCGCCACAACUUUUUUAAUCUCAAGUUGAGCGUAACCCCACUGCAGUUAAGGCUUCUACUAUGCCCCAUUCAAACCCAGGUCAUCCAGUACUCACAACGCUAUCGAUUUGUACCCAUGGAGGAAGGAUUUGAGUCCUCGACACCUGUCCCGGAAACCGCUGAGUUCGUACGACUUCAUCAACAAGAAGAGUUGGAAAAGACACUUGUGAAAUGGAAUUUGCUAUCAGAACAAGUUUUUGACGGCUUGCCACCUUGCCAAUCCCAAACAACGCCCCUGCUACUUUCUCAACUGGUCUGGGUGGAGCUUUAUAUCUGUUUCGAUGAUGUCCAGUUGAUCGCUGGCAAGGAUGGUUUUGAAGUGGGAAAAACAUAUCUUCCCCAAUUACAAAGAUGGGCUCAGUCGCCAUCCGCUUGGAAAGCUAUCGCGCGUGCGGGAAAUGUUGUACGAAUCCUUCAAUCCAGUCAGGAUCGCCCCGUUUGGUGGCCCAUAGCUGUGUCCCGCAUUGCCCUGGUGAUGUGGUGUUACGCCGUCGGACUAUAUAGCCCUAUCGGCAAUGUGGGAGGUGUCAACUCCACUAGUUCCAGUGCAGGAUCCUUGAUCGUGUUAAAUGAUCCGACUAGAGACAUGACUACCCAUGGGAGGAACAUCCAUCCUGGUGAGAGCAUCAUAUGUAUCCAGGAUUCUGAUGGAUUGCAUAUUCCGCUGCAUGAUGUGCCGAGGAUUUUCGACUUCUACAUACAGAUGCUUGACGAUUCAAAAUCCCUAAAUUCCCCGCUUCUCAACAGUUCCCGCAAUUUUUUACAAGACAUCAAAGAUUGCGGGAUACCGUAUGCGGAGGCCGAGGAUGGAUUAACCUGUUGA